AUGGGUCGAAUCAUUCUGGCGAUCCUGGUAGCAGUUUUUGCCGUCCCAAUAUAUUUCCUAUUCCUCAGAAGUUCGCCACCGGUACCACCAGUCGACUUAAAUGAGUGGUGGAGCACGGCUCUAUCGAAAUCCAAACAGGAUGACAGCAUCAAGCCGUUUAAAGUGGAAUUCAGUGAAGUGAUGAUAAAAGACUUAAAGGAACGUCUUCGUGAUCGGCAUCCUCUCGCUCCACCGCUUGAAGGAGUGGCCUUUGAAUACGGCUUCAAUAGUAAACAUUUAGAAGGGAUACUCAAAUAUUGGGCUGAGGAAUAUAAUUUUAGCGAAAGGGAGAAGCUAUUUAACAAGUAUCCGAAUUUCAAAACGAAUAUUCAAGGUCUGAAUAUACACUUCAUCAGAGUUACACCUGAGGUACCUAAAGGUGUGGAAUUAGUGCCACUUCUCAUGCUGCACGGCUGGCCAGGGUCAGUCAGAGAGUUCUUUGAAGCCAUCCCUCAUCUCACCAAAAUCAGCAAAGAUAGGAAUUUUGCUCUAGAACUCAUCAUACCAAGUCUACCUGGUUAUGGAUUUUCUAGUGCAGCGGUACGACCAGGUCUUGGGGCUGAUAAAAUGGCAGUAGUAUUCAGAAACCUGAUGAACAGACUUGGAUUUAAGAAGUACUACAUACAAGGAGGAGACUGGGGUGGAUUGAUAACUAGCAUUAUGGCUAUUCAGUUCCCUGAGGAGGUUUUAGGUCUGCACACUAAUAUGCCAUUCCUAAUGAGUCCAGCACUAACAUUCUUCAGUGUAUUGGGGUCUAUUUAUCCCCCAAUGGUAGUUGGGGCUGAAACAAGGGAUCGUAUGUACCCCCUGUCUAAAGUGUACGGUAAUUUGCUGCAAGAAACUGGCUAUAUGCAUAUACAGUCUACAAAACCUGAUACGGUUGGUGUAGCAUUAUCUGACUCUCCUGCUGGUCUGGCAGCUUAUAUUCUUGAGAAGUUCUCAUCCUGGACUCGUAUGGAACACCGUUCGAAGGCCGACGGAGGACUUAACUUCCGCUUCACCAACGAAAAGCUGAUUGAUAACCUCAUGAUGUACUGGACCUCAAAUUCUGCGACUACUUCUAUGAGGCUCUACGCUGAGACAUUCAACAAGAGAUACUUCGGCUUAAAUUACAACGAAAUCCCAAUCAAAGUCCCAACAUGUAUGAUUCAAGCUAAACACGAGCUGGCGUACGUACCGAGGUGGUUACUCAAGACUAAAUACGUCAACUUGAUCAAUGAGACUAUUCUAGAUGAUGGCGGGCACUUCUUAGCUUUUGAACUGCCAAAAAUCUUCUCCGAAGACGUGCUCAAAUCUAUACAGAGCUUCAGAGAAUGGCACAGAAAUAAUAAUGAAAAGACUGAACUGUAG